AUGGGUUCUGUUUGGCUUAGCUAUCAUUGUAAUGGAAUCUCUUGCAUGGUGAAUAGCUCCAAAACUGUAAUCUUGUGCAACCUGGAAUUGCGCGAGUUCAAGGUUGUUCCGGAGACGACAUAUGAUCUUUGUCAGGCGCUUAUUGGAAACAAAAAGUUCAACGGUCUAAAACGAAUGGGAUUUGGCUACGAUAUCAGAGCUGAUGUCUACAAGAUUGUUAUAAUAUUCUCCUGGUAUAACAAUACUAACAAGGGAUAUACCAUAUGUGCCGAGGUAUAUGACCUAACUACUAAUUCGUGGAAGGAUAUCAAGUUUAUGGAAGGCGAGGCCUUUGACAUUAAUUAUGGUUGGGGAGCUGAGAAUAAGGGUGUAUAUUGCAAAGGGUUUUAUUAUUGGUUGGUGGACAGCAAUUUCGGGCGAAGGAUCCUUUCUUUUGAUAUGUGCAAUGAGGUGUUUCGAAUCUUGCCAUCGUUGCCAAAUACUCGUUAUAAGAACGUGGAAAUCGCGGUGUGGAAUGACUCCCUUGCUUUGUUUAUUUGGUGCAAUAAUUUGAGAAAAUGGAGUAAAGAUCCAAUGUCGAUUGAGAUUUGGGUGAUGGAGGAGCAAAGCGGCGAGUGGUGCAAUGUUUUUAGUAUUGGACCCUUUGAGGACAUGUGGGCUCCGUUGACAUUUUGGAAGAGAGAUGAGCUUCUUAUGGUGACUAAAGACGGAGAGAUAGUCUCGUAUAACCUUGGAAGUAAAAAGUUAAGGAAACUCGACAUUCAUCCGGACGAUCGGAUGCAUUGUUGGGGCUUUUAUGUGAAGAGUCUUGUUUCUGUGAAUCAGAGAAGAAGUUAG